AAAAGCAAAACAAUGGACAUUCUAUUCCUAAAGCCCAUCGAGACGAAAAAAUACAAUGCUUUUCAACCACUAGAGGGAAAACAUCUAUUGCUGAGAAAGAUAAUAACGGCUCCACGUGGGAACCAGAGUGAUGGCGCGGCGGAGUUUGUCCUGGCGGGCUUCCCGAAUCUCAACAGCACAGGAGCAGAAGUGUUCUCCCUGUUCCUUUUCAUUUACCUGUUGACUCUCACGGGCAACAUGUUGAUUGUGGGGGUGGUGGGCUCGGAUCAUCGCCUGCAGACGCCCAUGUACUUCUUCCUGGCUAACUUGUCCUGCCUAGAGAUUCUGAUCACUUCUGUCAUCAUUCCGAAGAUGCUGAGCAAUUUCCUCUCGAGACGGCACACCAUUUCCUUUGCUGCCUGUAUUACUCAAUUUUACUUUUACUUCUUUCUGGGGGCCUCUGAGUUCCUACUGUUGGCCGUCAUGUCUGUGGAUCGCUACCUGGCCAUCUGCCGUCCUCUGCAUUACCCCUUGCUCAUGAAUGGAGCCGUGUGCUUCCGGGUGGCCUUGGCCUGCUGGAUGGGGGGACUCCUCCCUGUGCUUGGCCCCACAGUGGCUGUGGCCUUGCUUCCUUUCUGCAGACAGGGUGCUGUGGUUCAGCACUUCUUCUGUGACAGCGGACCCUUGCUUCACCUGGCAUGUACCAACACCACCAGACUGGAGGAGGCUGACUUUGUCCUGGCCUUUCUUGUCAUCGUGUCCUCGCUCUCCGUUACUGCUGCGUCCUAUGGCCACAUAGUCCUGGCCGUCCUGCGCAUUCCCUCUGCUUCGGGUCGGCAGAAGGCUUUCUCCACCUGUACUUCCCACUUGAUGGUGGUAACCCUCUUCUAUGGGAGUGCCAUUUUCCUCUACGUAAGGCCAUCCCAGAGCGGCUCUGUGGAUACGAACUGGUCUGUAACCGUGGUCACAACAUUUGUGACCCCUCUGCUGAAUCCAUUUAUCUAUGCCUUACGCAACAAUCAAGUCAAGGAAGCUUUGAAAGAGAUGUUCGGAAAGGUAGUCACAAAGCUUUUGCAACAGUCUUUCCUUGGGGAUAGUUUGAGAAAGAAGACAGUCAGGUGAAAGUGAAGGGACUCAGUCUCAGGUCCACACGUCUCCAUUGCCAGCUCUUUCUUCAUCCUGAGAGGAGCCACAGUGAGCUUCAAGGAGAGCAAGCCUACAUUUCUCUUUCAAGCAAAAAUGAAUCGACUACAUUAUAUCUCGUAAUAACAACUCAUGCUAUUUUCA